AUGGAUGAAUUUCAAGAUACUAAUGUACUAGAGGAAUUUCCAGUUCAGGAACUAAUACCUAAAAUUCCAACUCAACAGAAAUUAUUUCUUGAUAAAUACCCUGAAUACGAUGGAAGGAAUGUGUUAAUUGCUAUUCUAGAUACGGGAGUUGAUGUAUCACUACCAUCUUUACAGGUAACAACUACGGGCGAAAGAAAAAUCAUUGAUGUCAUUGAUUGUUCUGGAGCAGGAGAUGUUGAUAUGUCAAAGAUUGUUACACCCAAGGAUGGUGUUAUUAUUGGAUUAACAGGAAGAAAACUUAAAAUUCCGGAAUCAUGGGAUAAUCCUUCAGGAAAAUAUCAUAUUGGAAUAAAAAAUAUUUAUGAAUUGUAUUCAAAGGAUCUCGUGACACGAGUUAAUGAAUACAAAAAAGAAAAUAUUUGGAAAAGUGCUCAGAAUCUUAGUCUUGCUGAUGUAAGAAAAGCGUUAAGUAAACAUGAAGAAGAGAUUGGUGGAAAAAGUGAAAAGAUUAUUGAUAAGACAAAGAGAGAUGACUUGAUUGCGCAAUUAGAGUUUUUAAAAAAUGCUGACAAAUAUGAAGAUGAUGAAGGUCCUGUUGCUGAUAUUAUUGCAUUCCAAGAUAGUAAAAAAUCAUGGAAAAUAUGUUUAGAUACCAGCUAUAGAGGUAGGCUUGGAAUAUGUUCACUUUUGUCAACAUAUAAAGAAUCUGGUGAGUAUGCAUUUUUAAAUGACAUUGAUAAAUUAUCUUAUUCAUUUACAAUGAGAGAUAACGGUAAUUUAUUGGAGAUUGUCACACCAAUAGGAUCACAUGGAAGUCAUGUAGCAAAUAUAGCUGCUGGACAUUAUCCUGAUAAUAGAGACAGAGAUGGAAUGUCCCCUGGAGCUCAGAUUGUUUCUAUGUGUAUUGGAGAUUCUAGAUUAGGUUCAAUUGAAACAGGAGCUGCUUUAAUGAGAGCAUUCAAUAUGUGUAUUGAAAUGAAAGUUGAUAUUGUGAAUCUUUCAUACGGUGAAGCUGUAAAUUUACCAAAUGAAGGCAGAAUCAUUGAAGCUAUUAAUACAAUGGUAAAUAAAUAUGGUAUAACAUUUUUGUCUUCAGCUGGAAACAAUGGUCCAGCUUUAUCAACUGGGGGUUGUCCUGGAUCUACAACAUCUUCUGUCAUUAGUGUUGGAGCUUGUGUAACAAAUGCCAUGUCUGAAUCAAUGUACUCCAUUCGUCAUAAAGUAUGUGGAAACAUGUAUCCAUGGUCUUCAAGAGGUCCGAAUUCAGAUGGAUGGUUGGGUGUUUCAAUAGUUGCUCCAGGUGGUGCUAUUUGUGGUGUCCCAAAAUAUUGUGCUAAAGGAAAUCAACUUAUGAAUGGAACAAGUAUGAGUUCUCCAAAUGCUGUAGGUGCUGUUUCAUGUCUUAUUUCUGCAUUGAAAGAACAAAAUGUACCUAUAUCUCCAUUUAGAAUGAGGAUGAUGCUUGAGAAUACUGCUUUGCCUUUAGAUUCCAAAAUUUCAGAUCCGUUUGGUUAUGGAAAAGGCUUGGUACAGAUUGAUAAUGCUUUUGAGUAUGCCAAAAAUUCUUCAUUUUCAUUCAUUGAUCCCGAUUUGACAGGUUUUGAAAUUAGAAUUGGAAACAACGGAAAAAAAAUGAGAGGUGUUUAUUUACGUGAAAAAUAUGAUACAUUAAAAAUAAAAGAGCACGCUGUUUCAGUAGUUCCAAAGUUUAAUCCAUCGAGUAGUGUUGAAAAACAAAUAGGUUUUGAGGCUAAUUGUGUCUUGACCUGCAAAAGUUCAUUUGUAAAAUACCCUAAAUUUGUAAACUUACCCUCUGAUGGUAAAUCAUUUUCAAUUUCUGUUGAUCCAACACAAGUACCUCCUGGUACUGUUAAAUACACAGAAAUUUUAGGUUUUGAAACAGAUCACAAAGAACUUGGGCCAUUAUUUACAAUUCCAAUAACCGUUAUUAAUCCAAUGACUGUUGAUAAGAGUGGAAAAAUUUGCAAUACUCUUGAGAUGAUUCCUUCAAUUUCUCAAAGACUUUUUGUUGAUGUUCCAAACGGAUGUUCUUAUUUUAAUAUUAAAUUGAAAAACUGUGGUGGUGAUGUUGUUUCAAAGUACAUUAUUCAUUGUGUUCAAUUAAUACCUUCUUCAGCAUACAGAAAUUCCGAACUAUUUAAAUUUUUUACUAUGGAACCAGAUCAAGAGGUUUCUCAUACUGUUAAAGUUCAAGACAAUUAUACAGUUGAAAUUAGUUUAACGAAAUUUUGGCACUGUAUUGGAAAUUCUGAAUUAUCCUAUGAAAUAGAAUUCUUUGGAUUAAAACCAGCAUUAUCUACAUUUUAUAUUAAUUCAUCUAAUUUAUUUUCACCUCUACUACUAACUAACUCAAAUUUUAACCAAUAUACAUCAAAUCCAACAAUAACGUUCAAAAAAAUGAGCAUUAAUCUUAAGCCUUUUGCUGCAAAAAUUGAACCACUUGGAUCAAGAGAUCUCUUUUAUGAUGGGACUCAAAUUUUCAAACUUCAAUUAAAUUACAAUUUAAGUUUAUCAAAAACAACUGAUUGUGUAUUUGAUUACCUUGGGUUAUCUGAAAUGUUGUAUGAAAGUGGAAUUGAUCACAUGCUUAUACAAGUAUUUUCAGAUUCCAAAAAAUAUAUUCAUUCUUCAUCGUCUUUUACAAAAAGAUUUCCAGUAAAAUUAGAAAAAGGUGACUACAAAAUUCAGGCCCAACUUCGUCAUGAAUCAGAUGCUUUAUUAGAAAAAUAUCAAGAAUUACCAUUAACUUUUAGAUCUAAGCUUUCUAAAAGUAUUGAUCCUGAAAUGUAUACAACUCCAAAUGGGCAAUUUGUAUCUGGAACAAAGAAAAUUUCUUCAUUAUCUUUUCAACCCGGUGAAAGUAAGAUGAUUUUUAUAUCAUCAAUUCCAUCAGAUAAAUUACCCAAAGAAGCUUGUGCUGGAACUAUCCUAAAUGGUACAAUGAGUUUUGUUAGAAAUGAUCAUGUUAAUGCCAAACAAGUUGUCAGAUAUCCAUGCCAUUACAUAAUUACAUACGAUACAACUGCUAAGACUGAAAAAGGUAGCCUUCUUUGUACGUUAACAGCAAGCACAGAAAAAGAAUCUAAAGAAUCAUCCAUAAAAUCUAUUCUUUUAUCUGGAUUAUCAAAAGCAUCUGAAAUGUCAUUAGCUCAGGAAUUAUUGACAAGAUUAAUAACAGAAUUUUCUGAAAAACCUGAAUUUUAUUAUGAAUUUUUACGCAGAAUCCAGGCUCUUAAGCAUGAUGACAAUAAACUUAUUCUUGAAACCUGUGACAAUAUUCUUAAGAAUGUAGAUGAAGAUGAAUUAUUUAAAUAUUUUGGUAAAAAACAAGGUAAUAUUUCUGAAAAUGAUAAAUUAAAGAAAAUUAUGGAAGAUAAAAAAAAGGUUAUAAUUGCUGCUUACAUAGCUAAGUUCGAUUAUAUUGUUGAUUCAAAUUUAGCAAUAUCAACAUCAAGAAUUCCAAAAAUAUUUAGAAAAAAUUUCCUAUCUAUAAAAUCUUCAGAUGUAGAAAAAAAAGAUGAGAAGAAAAAAGAUGAAGUAAAAGAAAGUAUAGAUGAAAAUAUAGUAAGUGUAGUUGAUUCUGGUACAACAACUUACGAAAUUGUACCAGAAAGUGGAGAAAAGUAUACUUUAGCUGACGUUAAUGAUGCUUACAAUAAUUUAAUAAAAUGGAUUGAUGAAGGAGAUGCAAAAAUUCUUCUUCAAACAAUAAAAUAUUGUGUGGCAAAUGAAAAUUUAGGUCUUGCUUUGAAAUAUUUAAAUAAAUUACAAGAAGAUAAAAAAUAUAUCAAUAAUCGUGACGUUGAUACUGCAAUUGUUGAAAUAACAGAAACACUAGGAUGGAUUCAUAUUUCAAAUUCCCUUUCUAAUAAACUUCUCAAGAAAUAUCCAGUGUCUUAUAGACUAUUUUAA